AUGACAGUUGCCGCUGCAGCUUGCUUGCGGGCGUUCAAGAAGAUGGCAGAACAAUCUCCACUAAAUGGAAGUACGGACAGUAUUAUAAAUGAAGGUACAUUGCCAUUAAUGUAUUAAUUUGUUUCAGUAACUAAGUUUGCAUUUCAUGAGGUAGUCUUGUAUGUUGAGCUGUAGGUCAUUUGUUGUUUCGAAGCAGUUUUACAAACAGUUUUAAUAUAAAGCUCUCAACAAAUGGGACAGUCAGAGCUGUCAACUGACUCAAUUAGUCGUCGUAGACGGAAAUGUGGACCUGUUGCCUUCUUAUAAUUUUAGCUUUAACAUUAAAUAAAUUGCAUCAUACUUUUAUGAAAAUAAUAUAAUUUUUCCAUGGUUUUGUGGAUGCUAUUUUAUUGAUUUUAAAAGCGAAAAAGUUAUUUUGUUUUCAUGUAGUUAUCGGCUUCCGGAAACUGAAAGUAUUAAUGAUAAUAUACUCGAGAGCCCUUUGUUAUUAAUGACUUAAUUUUAUCAAAGUAUUUUAUAUAAUCAACACGGAAAAUGUUUUAUAUUUGUUAAAUAUAACUGUAUGAUUUCGUAAAUAUGUCACCUGUAUUGUAACAAGAUAAGAGACUCUAAACCCAAUAUCUCAAAUCAUGAAAACUCUGCUCUCUAGUUAAAGCCAUAAGUAUAUAUAAUAAAGAUUAUUAUUAAGGAUGUAUUGUCAGAACUGAUGAGUGAUGGUAGGCAACUGGCACUCUGGCAGUUAUAUCAAAGUGAGAAGAUGAUAUCAAUUUCUUUCAUUUUAUACAUUAGUCUUGUGUUGGGAGACAAAUCAAUAGAUUAAGAUUUCUAUUUUAUGUUUUACAACAAUUGUGAUAUUACUUCCUUAAUUUAUUCAAACCCACCCUGUCAACUUUCCCUGUGGGAGGAAACCGGAGCAGCUGGAGGAAACCCUUGACUUUUGGCAGAGACCGACUCUUUUCGCAUGAGUUCGGCGAGAACCUAACAAACAAUCUCGGAGGUGAAAGGCACUUGCUCUGAAAACUGUGCCAUCGAGGGAGAUGUACAUGUAGUUCAUUUGCCUGCGCCUGUAUUCCCGUAAAGUGCUGACAGUUGGCACAGUUCUGAUGUUGACCAAAAUCUCUAAUGCUUACUGGAACCAUCUAUGAUUGCAACCACCACACAUUGCUUAAUUAGUAAUAGUUUUUCUAAUUGCUUCCGGUUUUUUAUAGAUAUGACUGUGAGAUCUGGCAGUUGUCAAUUGAAAACUGCUCUGAAUGUUGUGUUGAUAUCAGGAUUUAUAAUUGUUGGCUGUGUGGUGUUGGGUAUACUCCUUGUAGUCCGUCCUGGCAUUGAGACCAAUCCUGAAGUAAGGAGAUAAAUAUUAGAAAAUUGAACCCAUUGAGCGCCAGCGCUUGCCACUUGACAAGUAAAAUUGUCCAGUGUAGGAAAGAGUAAUAUAAUAAAGAGUGGCGCAUUAGGGUGCAAUGUGUGACCAAUUAAAUUACGUUGGGCCAAGGGGGGGGGGAUACUUUGCCCCAGCUCAAAAGGGGCCCCCAAUGUCCUUAAAAUAUCUUGAAUGAUAUAAGAUUAGUUAGUUGAGAAUAUAAAUCCUAGCUGUUUUAGUGUCGGAUAGUACUAAUAAUCUGUAAUAUAUUGUAAAACAUCGCUUCUCCCCUUUCUACAAUUACUGCAUGAUAUCAUAUGGGUCACCUUGGAAAGUUUAGCCUCUGUGCCAUCUCUGCAGCCCUGGGAUAGGAUCUUGCUAAGUUCUUCAGAUUACGUCCUCUAUAAAACAAAUCCCAAGCUGGAUCCCUAGCCAGAAUCCUACAAACUAUGUAUAAUUUCUUAGAAACUUUCUGACUUUUUCUGUUGUAGUAUGGUGUAGUGUUUGAUGCAGGUUCGACACAUACAUCUGUCUUUGUUUAUCAGUGGCCUGGAAAUGAGAGAUUGAGAGGAACUGCUGUUCCAGUUAAUGAGAUUUAUCAUGCAACACAAGAUCCAGGUGAAGAUAUAAACUUAAUGUUUUUGAGGUGGUCCUGGCAUAAGCCAUUGACAAGGAUGCCAGAACAAUAAAAAAGCAAGGGGGGCAAACACACACCAAAGGGCACCUCUACAGACUCCGGUGAAGAUAUAAACCUACAAUUGUGUGUUGACUUGCCAAUAUAUGAAAGCAAACGCACUUAAUCAGGUCACACUCAAGAUCAUACCUCAUGAUUUUGCCCACUGAAAGCAUCACUGGAAAUGUGAUUUAUCAGGUAGUAUUUCAUAACAUCAUUUCUGCCCCCCCCCCUUGCCCCUCCUAGCAAAAGGCAAGAGGGGCAGCUGCCCCCAGUUCCGGCGUCCCUAGCCAUUGAGAUGCACAUAUUUGCUACAGUAUCUCUUGUGUAUGCAGCAGACCUAGAUCUACUCACAGGAAAGUCACUGUGUACACAACAAUUAUGGUGUUAUUCUUUUGAUUUCCUUCUUAUAAUGUUUCUCUUCAGGAAUAUCGUCAUUUGGUAAUGACACAAAAGCCGCUGGUGCAUCACUGGAGAUUCUGAUAAAAAAUGCCACAAGAAAUGUUCCACAAGACAAGAAGUCUACGACCCCUGUUUAUCUUGGAGCAACGGCAGGAAUGAGAAUGGUGCGGUAAGUUUAAGUUAACACUAUCCAGGUUUGAGGCUUUUAGCCAAGCUGUCAAAACUGGCCGUUUUUCCUGUAGUGAAGUGAACUCAACAAUCUCAGAUGACAUUAUGUCUUCAAUACGGAAUGUUUUGGGAAAGUCAGGUUUUCAGUUUACUGCCAACAAUACAAGAAUUAUCACUGGAGAAGAAGAAGGGUCUUGUGGUUGGAUCACUGUGAAUUAUUUAAAGAAAGUUCUACAGGAAAAAGACAAAGUAAUUUCAAUGAAUUUCUUUUGUAUUAUUAUAACAUUGUAUGCGGUUGAAAUUAUUUUUGAAGGUGUGAUUGAAGACAAUUUUAACCCCAGAUUUAUGAUGGUGCGGUUGCUAAUCGUUUUACGUGCACACGAAAGCAACAUGUAAAUAGUUCAAGUUUUCACCCAUGCAGUACGUGUUUAAUAGCAUAAAAUGAAUCAUAACUAUAUCCUUAUGAAACUUGUAUUUUUCUUGAAAAGGAAGACAUCAAGCAAAGUUCAGGAGCUUUAGAUUUAGGUGGUGCAUCAACACAGAUAACAUUUGUUCCUCGAAAUGCUUCCCUCGCCACACGACAUUUUAGACUGUAUGGUAAGGACUAUCCAGUUUAUACGAAGACGUAUCUGUGUUAUGGACUAACUGAAAUUUAUAGAAGAUUCCUCGCACAACUAGCCAAGGUAAAGGCCGAUUUACACUGCACAACGUUUGCCUAAAACAGUCACAUGCAACCUGCUUACAAUCCUGGCACAAAUUUCGUGGACACUUAGAUGUAAACUAAAGUAUUAGAUCAGUGGUUCACAUACACAUCUUGGCGUUUUGUCUCCUCCCUACAAUGUUGGUUUUGACAUCGCAUUUCACAAAGCUUUCACCUAACCAAUUUGAACAUUAUACGGGGUUUAGGAAGAAUUUAGAGAUUGCUAUUUUUGAACGUAUUGUAUGUAUUGGGCAAGGCAGGUAUCGACAAUAAUUUUUGCCAGGAUCGUAAAGUUGUACUGUGUAAAUCAAGCACGCAACUCGCACAUCACGUUGUCGUAGGCGACAUUUUAAACUUUAAUCUGGUUUUGGCAUUUGUUUUUCAGUUCAGAUAUUUCAUUUUGUUCGAAGUUUUUGAUUCCUUUAAUAAACACUCGUAUUGACUAGCACAACUUUCUUUUAUCCAAUUAGAAUGCAGACUACUCGGCUACGAUAUCCAAUCCCUGUGCUCGAAAAGGAAGCAGUUUUAACCAAUCAGCGUCGAUUAUUUGGCUUGCGCCAUGUAGCUGUCAACCAUCACCAAAACCUACUCGUGCCCAGUUCACUUUCGUUGGUUCGAGUAACGAUUCAGAGUGCACUGAAAAUAUUAUGAAGCUUUUUGAUUUCCGUUCUACGUGUCGUGAUGCAGAUGAUCUUUUUUCUAAUGAUACUCAACCCCCAGUUACAGGCAGUUUUGUGGUAAGUUUUCUGAGUGGUGGCUUGAUUUAUACAAGUUCAAAGUUAAUUUAUUUCACACUAUUGAUCGAGUUUCAGAUUAAGUGGGGCGUAUUACAGACAAUUAGAAAAUGUGGACUUUAAGGUUUAUUCACAAGCUGUAUCCACGUUUGUAAUUCACUGUAAUUAGAGAGUUUAAGUUUCGCGUUAUAGUUAUACGGCAAACGGCAAACGCCAGGCAAAGAAAAAUUUUACGGUAUCAGGCAAUAAAAAGUAAAUAAACUUGCCGUUUUAAAACUGAAAUACAUAAUUCUUUCGACGCAAGAAAGAAAAUAUGAAACGAAAACGUUCAACGAAAAUUUUGCCAAGAAAGUUCGAAUCUGCCGUUUGCCGUUCCCGGAAACGUGAAGCUCAGUCAAACUCCCUAUUAUUCAGCAACGGCAGCCAUCAUCCUCGCGUGGCUAUAAAUGCGUAUACGCAACAUGAUGUUGUGUCUAAAGGUGUUACGCAAAAUGGUGGAAGGGGGUCUAAAAUGAUAUUGUCAAUGCAAUGUGCAUAUACUGUAUUUACAUGUACAUAUGUACAGUAUAUAAAUAACAAAUCUGGAUUGUAGAAUAGUGGAUCUAUACUUUGCCAUCCUUGUUUUGGGGGAUGAAGCGCCGCGUUUAUACACAGAUAAAUGAUGAGACGAAUUUUUAACUUCUUUUGCCCAACUUCGUCCAGACGGAUCAUCCGACGUCUCUGGUAUAAAUUAAGCCAUGUUUAUUUUCUGAAAUACAUUGCCUUUGAUAAUUGUCACUCUGUUUCGAGGACAACAUAACGUAAUGUGUAUAGAUUUUGAAAACAAUUUGGUCAUUUGAUUUUUUAAUACAGGCAUUUUCAGCCUAUUAUCAUAUUGCGAAUAACUUGAAUCUAUCCACGACACCGACAAUGGAAGAGUUUCGAAAUGCAUAUCUCACUUACUGCAGCAAGAAAGGAGCUGAGGUAAAGUUAAUAGUUAUUUGUCGUCGAUCGCACAGCUGUGAUUGCCCAACAGGGGGUGUUAAACUGCUACAGGAAAUUCGUUUGAAUGAAGAUUUGAAGGAAACCUUCAUGUCCCACUAUGGGCGCAACAACGUAUGGUUGACAGACAUUAUUUCUUGAAUUUAGAACCAUGAUCAGCUAGAACACAUAUGUUUAUGCACAUGCAGAUUUAGCACAAAAAUACUCCGUUGGUCUGCAGGAAAUUUUUGUUUCCAGGUUGUGCUCCCAGGAAGAAAAUUGUUUUUUCCUGUCCUGUUGCCCAAUAUGAAUGGUACACGUGCUCGGGCCCAGAGAAAAACCUUCAAAGUAGAGGGAGUUUUUAAGCUCAGGGAAGUUACCCAACCUAAGUAAAUACCCUAUACCCCUACCUUUGCAGACUUAACUCGGUGGUAAGGGGUAGUGUGUAAACCACUUGCAUUUGGUUCGUAAAUUACUUAUUUAUCAAUAGAGACACCAUCCGUUGCGGACACUUUACAAAAAAUUGGGGGGGGGGGUUGCUACCGUAUUACCAUUUGUUGCUGUAAAUCUUGUUUCUGUACAUUUUUGCCUUAAAUUUCAUGCAAUGUAUACUUUAAUUUAUAGCCUACAAAAUUAUUGUUACAGCUUUGUUUCAUAUACAGUUAUUCAGCUGUUUAAUGUUGUCUUUCGGAAAUUAUUGUUGGGGGGGGCUCAUUGUGGUCUAUACAGAACGUUUCAUGAGGAAAGUUUCAUGAGGAACGUUUAAGAAGGCAGAGUCUCUCUUCCUCUACUCUUAAUGUUUUACAGUGUUUAACAUAACAUAUAUACAGUUUUUAACACAACUGCUUCUAUUAUUAAUUUCUAAUGUGCUGUAGGUUAAACAAUCGCAUACUUUUGUGCGAAGAAUUCCGACCUGUUUUGCUGGACACUACAUCUAUGCCUUGCUAACACACGGCUUUGGAUUUCACAACAAUACGUGGAAAAUCUCUUUUGAAAAGACUGUAAGUGUCAUUACUUCUUGUUGAAAUAUCUUAUGCGUAUUAAGUAUGUGCAAACUGAACUACGAGGCCAAGUCAGUGAUAUUUUUCUAGUUCGUUCGUUUAUACACAUAAGAUGAUAAGAUAACAUGUUAGCGAACGACCUAGACGCAGUUCCAAACUAUCAAGUACUCGAACGGAACCUACUUUAACUCCUAGCUCACUUGGUCUCGCUCAACCCAGUGUGGAAGAGGCACGAGUGAGCUCCAUAAUAUAUCUAUGGAACAGCUUACCUAGCAAUAUAAGACAAGCGGAAUCUCUUACGUAUACUGAAUUUCGACAAUUGUUGAAACAUAUUCAAUAUAGACACGGCAUUCAUGGAAAACAGGUAUAUAAAUAUUAGUGUAACAUAGGCUUCAAAAAGUUUUAAGCUUAUUAAUGUAGAUAACUCUUUUUGGAAACCUGAUGAAGCUACCGUGCUUAAAUAAAGAUUUGACUGACUGAGCGAGAACUCGAAUCCAAAAAGUGCAGCCAAGAUGGCGGGAAUUGAAGAGCUUUUGGAAUGUCAGUUCCAGUUACUUUAUCAGUGUUUUUGUCCUGCCUCCUCCGCAGGCAGGACAAAAACAAUAAAGGAAUGGACCUUUCCCCUUAUAACUAAAAUUUCGAUCUGGACAAAAAUUUCAACACAGCUUGAAAUAGCAUCACAAAAUUAGUAAUAUUUCAAAGUUUUGUUGCAAAAAAUGUAAAAUGCGGAUAACAUAGCCUUGCGAAGUUUGCCGUUUUUCAGUCAUUUUGUAUUACAAACGGGAAAUUGACAUCCGAUUCGGGUGUUGGGGCUGCAAUUUCCCGUUUGUAAUGCAAAAUGACUGAAAAUUGCAAACUUCGCAAGGCUCUAUUUUCCUCAUUUUACAACAUUUCGCAACGAAACUUUGGAAUAUUACUAAUUUUGUGAUGCUCUUUCAAACUGUGAUGAAAUAUUUGUCUAGACUUGCCUAGAUCAAAAUUUUAGUUAUAAGGGGAAAGGUCAAUUAGCUGGGGGAAUAGUAUAAAAACUGUUUACGACGUUCAUUGGACGUCAAUUUCCGCCAUCUUGGCUUCACUUUUCUCAUAGGCAGAAUGACUGAAAUUCUUGCUCCAGAUAUAUAUAUAGAGCUCACUGGGAGGCACUCGGAGUAACGACAAAAACCGAAGGCAAAGUUCUAAAACCUAGUUGCAUCUUGUUGUAUUAUUAGGUGGACAAGAAAUCUCUUGGUUGGGCCCUAGGCUAUAUGAUUAAUGCCACGAACAUGAUUCCAUUAAACGACUCAAAACACACCAGAAUUAAAGAUGUAUAUCUCAUACCAGCGGUCGUAGUUUGUGGUAUCUGUAUAUUGAUUGGUCUAAUCCUAUGUUUGAAAUUUUCUCGGAAGAAAGGUCUAUUUAAGGCUUCCAGUAAACCUAAAUAUUCUCCGAUAUAAAUGUGGUUGGCAGUUGGACACAGAGUUCAAGUUUUGUAUGGAUUAGACCGUAUGCAUAAUGACGUCACAAAGCUCGAUGCCCGCGAGGAAUGCUGGUCUUAGUAGUCAUCGCCUGUGGUCAUCGCUCGGGAAAAUUAAGCAAUUCAAAAUGGCCACUAUCGAAAUUUUCCCGGGCGAUGACCACUGAGCUAUACUAUAUUACUGGAGGACUGCUAUUAUACAGCUAUUAUACAGCUAUUAUUACCAGUUAUUAUAUAGCUCAGUGGCGAUGACUACUAAGACCAGCAUUCUUCGCGGGCAUCAAGCCUUGUGACGUCAUUAUGAAAAAUAAUAUAUUAGAUAUUUAUUAAAGAGCGAGGCAACACAGCACUAAUUUAUUGGGGCUAAUUUUUAAUAUAUGCUAGCUUUCGAGGAAUCAUUCGAAAAGUCGAAAGCUAGAAUAUAUUAAAAAUGUUCCUUUUCGGAGUUACCGUUUUGUAUUUUGUAAAAAUACUAUAAGCGGUCAGGUUCCCGUAACAAUCAAAAUCCCGUCUAAUUUUGAGAUCAAUUAAAUUAUCCAGGAAAAUUUGAUGUUAAUGCCAAAUCAGUAAAACUGAUUGUGAAAUUGUAUUCAUAGAAUAAAUUAUUUUAUAUAGAAAUUGUAAUGUAAUUAAUUUUUUCUACUUAAACCAUGAUUCAAUGAUCGAAUGUCUCUUUGUCCAGCAAAUUGUCAGGCAUGCGCAUAAUUUGUGAAUGCGCACGUUCACUACUCCAAUCACUGACUCCAAUGCGUUCUCCAAUUUAAAUACCCGAAUGCCUUACAUUUUCAAGUACACAGCUGGCCUGCAUGGCGAAUGUUAAAAUUUUAGUAAAAUCGGGAAUAAACACCUGGGGCCGCUUGUUCAAAGCUGGGUUAACACUAACCCUGCUUUGAACAACCGGAGGAGAGAGGCAAGAAGUUACAAACGAAAUAUGGGGUGGAGGAGGGGGGUGGGCGAUCUUGAAGGAGGCUAUCCGCCUCUCUUCUGCUAUUUUAAUAUUAACCUUGCACAUUCGUUAUCGGGGAACUAAUAUAAACAGUGGUAAAAAUUAAAUUAUUAGCUAAAAGUAUUCCCAACUGAUUUAACAGAGUGAUCUCUUCAUUUGUGUUUCUUAUUGCACUAAGGGGCGGACCAUUAGAAAUCCCGGGAGGGGGGGCAUAAAAUUUUUGCGGCACGAAUUUUUUUUCAGUCUCAUGUGUCUGCAGGAAUUUUUUUUAAUGCACUUAACCUCUGCACGAACUUUUUUCAAGACUAUUUGUACUUUGCUCAUGGCGACCUCCCCCCCCCCCGUCGCCAAAAAAAUUUCGGUCAGUGUACCAUUUUAGGGGUCAAAAAUUUUUCCGGACAUACCACAUACCAAAAGUUACCACAAAAUUGACAGAAUUUGUCAAUUUUUUUUUUUAAUAAACUAAAAUUGCCCGACUGUUCAGCGAAUAUUGCCCGACUGCCAACUGCCCGGUACGCCCAUGACUUUGCUGUUUGCUUGCACGAAUUUUUUUUCUCUGACGUAAUGGCUGCAUGAAUUUUUUUUCCAGGCAUUUUUCUUUGCACGAAUUUUUUUUUGGGAAUUUUCACCCCCCCUCCCGGGAUUUCUAAUGGUCCGCCCCUAAUAUGUCUGUAGGUUUAUAGUUUUGAAAAACUUGAGAAACAAUUAUAUUAAUGUAAGAAAUGUCUCGCCACAGAGUCUAGACUUGCUGUCUCUGUCGCAUUCGGGAGGACCCUAUAAAUAAUUAUUAAUAACAGGAAAAUAUAUAGUUAUAGGGGUAACAUUAAUUUUUCUUGUUUAAAGGCUUUGUUUACCUAAAAUAUAGUGACCAGAGAGGUAUUACAUAAUUAAAUUAUUAAAACAUCUUGUAUAGAGAUGUCAUAAAACAUCUUGUAUAGAGACGUCAUAUUAAUUAUUAACCGCUAUAAAUAGAACAGCCAAUCACGGCGUUCCAUAAAUUUAUAUAUUUCAAAACUUGCAAGCCAAGGAGAGCUGCUGUUUUUUUCGCAAACUUUUAUUGCAAACUUUUAUGCUACAUAUCUCUAAAUUUGGUUAUGUUUAAGUUAUAAAAACGUUUUUAAAUCUGAGCAUAGUAAUUUGUGGUAUUCGUACGGAUUGGGAGUCGUUUUUCUUCGCAGAUAAUUUUUUAAAGAUUUGUUUGUCAUAUUUGAACAUUUUCACAUUUUUUUUUGUCAAGGUAAUUCAAGGUAAGCUUUAUAUAUUAGUUUGUUAUAGUUCUGUUGGUUAGCUAUACCUGGAAAAUAUUAACCAAUUUUGGAGCAUAAAAUCUUCAGUUAAUAGCAUUUUGCUCUGAAAAUACGCUUGUGUACAAGUCAGCUUGCCUAGACAGUCUGGACAAUUAAUUUUGCAUUCUUGUUGCAGACAAACAGCAUGUUUACAAGUUAAUACUGCUGUAUUCAACUACAGUAAAUAGAACAGUCGAAAACUUUACAGCAAGCUAUUUAGAUGAAUUUUUUGUGUUGACUUUUCAUAUUUUUCAUUGAUAUCGCAAAAGGUACGGUAUUUGUUUUUUGAAAAAAACAACGAAAUAUUCUUUCCACGGCAAUUUUGACUUCGCUUUAGAAUUUUCGACAAAAAUUUUGUACAUUCAUUUUUGAGAAAUUCGUAUCUUCAUAGACUUGCCACUUGGGUAUCACGCUAUUUAACCGUAAUUCUACGUUUCGAACACACUUGUUUUACCGGCUAACCUUAAAUUUUCAGGCGAAAUUUUUUAGCCGAUUUACCGGGUACAACUCGAGGACCUUUUGUAAUGUUUUUGUUCUAAUCUAUUUUGGUGCCUCGUUACUUAUAUCUUACGUUUAAAUGUGUUUUGUGGUGGUUUCAUGAUGGUGUUGAAGAUGGGGCUGGUGAUGAUGGUAGUGAUGCAUGGUAAUAGUGGUAAAAGUGGUGGGUUGUGAUGUGCUGGUGACAGUGAGAAUUGUGAUGAUGAUGGUGAUGAUGGUGGUGGUGAUGGUAGUGAUGGUGAUGGCAAUUAUAGUGGUGGUAGUGGUGGUGAUGAUGAUGGUGGUAGUUGUGACGGUGGUGGUGGUGGAAUGUUGAUGGUGAUGGUGGAAUAUUGA